CCCAGCCAGAACCCCGCCAGGCAUUUAAAUUUAAAUACACAGUGGUCCCGUUCUCCCCAAAAUACAGAGUAGGAAGCAAACCUCAUCUUCUCAAUUGCCAUUCAAUUAAGUCAACCAAAUAACAACUAUUCAUCCAAGAUGGCCCCCAAAGUCCUCGUCGUCCUCACCUCCCACGACCACCACAAUGCCAACAAUAACCCCACCGGUUGGUACUUGCCCGAAUUCGCCCACCCCUGGGACGUCCUCCACUCCAAAGCUGAGCUGGUAAUCGCCUCCCCAGCCGGCGGCAAAGCCCCACUGGACCCGGGCUCCAUUGAAAUGUUCAAGCAGGACCCCGUGUCCCAGAAAUUCCUCAAGGAGCAGGAAUCCCUCUGGACCAACACGGUCAAGCUGUCGGAUGUUGUGUCGCGGGUUUCUGAAUUCGAUGCCAUCUUCUACGUUGGUGGUCAUGGACCUAUGUACGACCUCUACAGUGACAAGACCUCCCUGGCCCUGAUCCAAGCCUUCGCUGUGGCCAAGAAGCCCGUCGCGGCGGUGUGUCAUGGCCCUGCGGUGCUAGUGAAUGCUACCACGCCCUCCGGAACAGCGUUGUUGAAGGGUGCGGAGGUGACUGGGUUCUCGAAUACCGAGGAGGACCAGGUGCAGCUGAGUUCGAUUAUGCCGUUUAUGUUGGAGGAUGAGUUGAAGAGGGUGGGUGCUACCUAUGUCAAGGCUGAGCAGCCGUGGGGGGAGAAGGUGGUGGUGUCCCAGGUUGCCGAGUUGGGAGGAGCGGUCAUUACGGGACAGAACCCGGCGAGUGCGACUGGGGUUGGAAAGGCUAUUUUGACGGCUUUGGGGUUGUAAGUUGACUUUGUGUGGGGAAGGAUUGUUAGGAAAUCAUGUCAUUUUGAUACGAUGAGAAUGUUGCUCGAAUAGAUUGCAACCCGGAACGCCGAGACCACAUUGUAUAGGCCAUGGAAAUACCCACAGCCGGGAUUGAAGCACAACAGUAGCACUUUUCAACCUUGCUUGACAAAUUGCUCCUGAACCUCCAGGCUAUGCUUCGCGAACCGGCUCUUCGCUCGGAUCCGCUCCCCAUACAACAAAAACAACAACGGCACACU